AUGACUGCCUCUAGGGUCGAAGAGAAACAAGCGCCUAUCAGGGCCGAUUGGGCUGACAGAACUCCGACAGAUCACGACAAAGUCGACGUGUUUGGGCCAGAAGACCAGCAUGACAUCAAGUACAAAGUGCUGUCAUGGCCAUUGGUGGCAGUUCUCAUGAUCGCUGAGAUUGUAUCCAAUGGCAUGCUAUCGCUACCGUCGUCUCUCGCACAGGUGGGCAUGGUGCCUGGACUCAUCAUUAUUGUGUUUCUUGGUGUCUUUGCGACAUACACCUCAUGGCUGCUGGUCAGGUUCAAGCUUCGACACCCCGAAGUUCAUACCAUGGGAGACGCGGGCUUCAUCAUGUUCGGGCCAAUUGGGCGUGAAAUCAUGGCCUUUGGAACUCUCUGCUUCUCAAUAUUCGCCUGUGGUGGACAGCUACUCGCUGGUCAGAUUGCGCUGGCCGCCUUGACCGACAAUCGGCUUUGCCUCAUGUUAUACACGGGCAUUUUUGCUAUCCCAACGCUGCUGUGCUCGCUUCCAAGAACAUUCCAUGGUUUGAGCUGGAUCUCUAUUGCCAGUGUUCUCAGCAUAUUUGUUGCGGGAGUUGUGGGCAUGGCAGCGGCUGGUAUUGCGCCUGAUCCGAACAGAUCUGUCGAGGUGGCCGUGGCAUCGGACUUCUACACAGCUUUCGUGUCCAUCACCAAUCCAGUCUUUUCGUUUGCUGGACAUUUCAUGUUUUUUGUGCUCGUUUCCGAGAUGAAGGAACCGAGACAUGCCAUGCGCGCAGCGUAUACAUUGCAGUCUUUUGCCACAGUUUUCUACGCCAUUUUUGCCGGUGUUACCUAUGGAUAUAUUGGGAGUACGGUCAAAUCGCCAUCAUUUUCUUCGCUGCCCCCAUACUGGCAGAAGGUCUCGUAUGGAAUAGCACUACCGAACCUUUUGCUGGCUGGAGCCUUGUAUGCGCACACGGCGAGCAAGGUAAUCUUUGUUAGAAUAUUUCGACAUUCGAAGCAUCUUCACAGUCACACAAUCAUAGGUUGGAGUGUAUGGAUUGGAUUAGUCCUCCUCGCGAAUGGUCUGUCCUUCCUUCUCGCUGUUGGUGUUCCAAUUUUUAACUACUUGAUUGGAAUUGCCGCUUCACUCUUCGCGGCCUGGUUUACGUACGGAAUUGCUGGCAUGUUUUGGCUUCACGAUGCAUAUCAUGACGGCCCGGGUUUCUAUGCUUGGCGUCGACAAUGGGCGCAAACAGCUCUAGCCAUUGCGACAAUCCUUUCUGGUGCCUUUAUUUGCGUCGCUGGUCUUUAUGUUACGAUUCGAGGAAUUAUUGAUGCUUAUGCCAGUGGUCAACUUCCUCCCCCGUUUACUUGCUAG